UAUGAUAAGUUUUGGUCUUGUACUCUAAUGUCUUUGUUUCCACCUGCUACAUAGUCACAGCCAUGCUUGCGGCAUGCACAUAUAUCAUCCAUGAUUUAUUACAAGCUAAACUCAAACUGUGACGCAAGAUAGCAAGCAGCGGAAAAAUGAAAUGUUCAAAACAUUACAAAUGUGGCUCUGAGCAGGAACUAUUGAGAAAUGUGCAGAGCGGGUGAAGAUUUAUCUCAAGCAACCGUGUUCAAAAAUUAAGGCUGACUACAGUGAGCAUGGUGGAAGAUACUUAAGCAGUGUUGAAGCAUCGACAGCACCACCUGCCAUCAGCAGCUAACAGCGCAAAACAGAAAACAGAAUAUAAAAGGCCGGCACUACUUCACAUCAAUGAGCUGGAGAAUGCCGUGGCGGUGGAGAACAUAGAGCUUCAGGAGCAACAAUCAGACCGCAAGGAGCUGGAGGAGACUCUGGAUAAACUAGAGAAACAUAAAGAAAAGCUGGUACAGCAGAUAAAGACAAUAAGACAGCUCUGCUAUGAAGAGAGUCAGCAGAUCCUGUCUUUACAGGCAGAUGAGAUGCAGAAGGAGAGCCAGGUGGAGGAGUAUGAGAGGGAACUUGCCAGAGCCAGGUGGAGGCUGAGGAAGCUCAGAGAGGAGGUGAAGCAGGCCAAGAGAAAGGUGGAUGAGGCUGGAGAGAGGAACAAUCCUUUGCAAGACUCCAUCAGACAGUCCUACGAAGAGAUCCUGCAGGAGGAGCACACUCUGUGUUCUCUGUCAGGAGGAGCAGUCACUCCAGAGAGCCAGCUGGAGGAGUCGACAUCUCCUGCAGACACCACUGAGGAUGAUCUGCUCCCUAUGAAGCCAUGGGGGAGGAGCCAGUCAUUGCCAGCCUACGCUGACCUGAUAAUGAGGGCCAGUGGCUCGUCUUUCUGCAAUAAUCUAGCAGGUACUAGAGAAGAAGUGGAUGACAGUGGGACCAGCUCACCAAAGAUGGACAGGUCGGACAUAGAGGAUGACCCAGAGGAGGGUGAGAUCAACAAUGAAAGGGAAAAUGAGAGAGAGAAUGAAGAGUCCGCUAUGAAUGCAAACCCUCUCAGCCAACUGGACUUCUACCAAGCUGACCCCUUCGCCCACUGUCAGAGUGAUCAUGACCUCUUCAAUGAAGACCUGUUCCCUAAAACUGACUCAUCUGAUGGAUUCGCUUCAGACCCUUUCAAAGGCAGUGACCCCUUUGCAGCAGACAUUUUGUUCCCUGAGGUGAACGUCGGCUCUAAUGACGGGGCAGGAAAUGUUGGUGAUGAGGCAGACACCAGUCUGUCCUGUGCUGAAAACAAAGCCUCAACAGGAACUCAGUGCUUUGAGUCUGAAUUCCCAGACGAAGACAGUGACAUAGAAAUCAGCUACAGCCGUGAGGACCUUGAUGCCAUUGCUGUGGCUGAUGAUUGUUGUGGAUUUAAACCCAUACAGAGCUCAUCAGAGGAGUUGGGGCCAGUGCCCAUUCAGGGCUGGAGGUCCCAGGGUCAGUAUUCUGUAGAAUCAGAUCCUAAUGGGUAUGAGCUGGACCUUGGUGCUGUCUCCCCUCCCUCUGACAUCGAAGAACACAGUCUGGGAUCUCUAGCUGGAGAGGUUAACAUGGAGGCAACAAAAGGACUGGAACAAGGUCUGAGUGCUGGUUCAGCUCAGGCUGCUCCUGUUCUUGGCGAACAAGCCCUUGUGGAACCUGAGUGGACAGGCAAAGGAGAGCAAAUUCUGUUACAUGACGUUACCUCCAGUCAGGCUGAAGAAUGGGAGGAGGAACCCAUAAAUCCUGCGACUCCCCAAAACUCUCUAGACUACCAAAACCUCAUUAUCCAGCCUGACUCAGAUGAGAACAGAGAGCUGAGCUUUGAACUGAGCUAUGAACCUACCAGUCAGUCUUCCUUUGACCCAUAUGGGUUUAAACUCAGUCCAGAACAUUCUAGUCACACCUUGUUAGACCCUGAUGAAGCUGAACUAAGCCCAGAACCUUCUGAAAAUGAGCUGACCCUUGAUCAUGAGCCCACCUCUUCUCAACCAGAUCAGUUGGACUUUGAUCACUAUGGGUUUGACAUCUCUUCCUCACAGAUGCCACGGGACUCUGACCCUUAUGGCUUUAAACUCAGCCCACAGGAAGAGAACCAGGAGGUACUGGACCACUGUGGCCAUGAUAACCAGGAGGCAAUGGACCUUUGCACAUAUGACAACAACAAGCAAGUGGAACCCUCUAACUAUAGCAACCAGGAAGUGCUGGAACCUCAUGCCCAGGAAAACCAAGAAGUGCUUGAACAUUGUAGCCACAUUAACCAGGAACUGCUGGAUAUGUGUAACAAUGGAAACCAAGAAGUGCUGGAACCCCCUGGCCUUGACAACAGGGAGUUAAUUAGCAAUGAAAACCAGGAGCCACUGGAUCUCUGCAGUCAUGACAACCAGGAAGUGGUGGAACCCUAUCGCAAUAUCUCCAUUGAGGAACUACUUGAACCUUGUAACUAUGAUAACCAAGAAGUGCUGGAACCUAGCCAUGGCAAUCAGGAACUGCUGGAUUUUUCCCUACCUGAAAAUCAGGAAGUGCUGGAUUUUGAUAACCAUGGCAACCAAGAAUUGCUGGAUUUUGGUAGCAAAGAAAAUCAGGACGAACUUGUUUCAGGUAGCCAUGACAACCGAGAACUCCUGGAUCUUGGUAGCAAUGAAAAUCAGGAAUUGCUCGACUUAGGCAGCCAUGACAACCAGGAGGUACUGGACAUGUUGAGUAAGGACGUUUUCCCCGAAGCGAACAAUAACCAAUGCGCUGUGGAAUCAGAGCCCAAUGUCAGUCCAACCAAUAACAGCUCAGACAGUGAUGUGGCAUCAGAGGACCUGCUGGGACUCGAACUCAGUAAUUCCAGUAUCUGCAACAAAUCAAACACCAAUACUGCUGAUACCCUCAACAUGGCUGUUAGUAACAUGUCUGCUAACCAGGAUUUCACCACAUCCAAUCCUCCCACUAGUCACAACUUCUUAGAGGGCGAUCUGGGCUCCGUUUUUGGGGCUGGAGGAUACAUCGGUUGUCCUGAUGUAGCUGAUGACCUAGAGCCUUUGGCCAUAAGGAAGGCGAAGCCGGUAGCAGAGCCAGCACAACCAGUCAGACCAGUAAGGCCUCCUCGGCCCUCGCUUAGGGCCAAGGAGAAGGCUCAGUCCCAGACACAGGGCAUCGACCUGAAGUGACCCCUCACCAACACUCAUGUGGUGGCUACAUGUCAGCAGACUUCCUAUGACAACAUCAACUCAAGAGAAGAGGAGGAUGAAAGCAGAAGUAAGAGGACGUGCAAUGAAAGAGAGAGAGAUCGUUCGUUUUUUUUUAUAUGACAAUAAUUCUAGCUUCAGACGUUUAUGUUUGGAGUUUUUGAGGGGAACAAAUAAAGUCUUAAUGGAAAUGGAGAAGUAGGCAAGAUGUAAAAACCACUUGGUACCACAGGAUCAGCUGAGGCCACAAUUUAACAAUUAAUGUUAAGGAAACAUGAUCACAUGGCUCCUGUCUCUCUUGAGUGAUUUAUAGCAUCAGGGUGAAGACGAGGCUAUUAAAAUGAACAACAUUCUGUGAAGGACAUCUCAUAUGAAAAAGAAAUGAUUUUUACAACAGAUGAUGCUUGUCAGUCAUCCAUAAGGCUGGUAUUAUCGGUUCUUUAUUUGCGAUAUCAGCUGCUAACACACUCCUGUGUCCUCUUCUGUGAGAGAUUUUGACAGGACAGAUUGGUCCAUUGCGAAAAUAAUUUCCCCUCUUUUCAUUUGAUCUUAGUGUUGGAGCAUGUGUAAGUGGACUUUGUCACGUAGAUUACAUGUAUAUAUAUAUAUUGUAUACUCUACUAUUGUGGUUAUCAAUUAAUCUAGUCAAUUUGUAGUUUUAGAUCUAAAUUGAUCGAGAGCUGUUGGUCGGGUUUUACAGUGAGUGCAUAUCAAUACCUUCACCGUGGUAAUAUGCCUAGUUUUUUCAAUUAUCCAUUACUUACGGUGCGUAAAGAGCACCCUGACAGCAGCCUGAAACGCAGUGCUUCACUGCCAUCUCUGGUGGAGAAUUAAAACCUCGAACCACAGCACUGCUGUGUGUGUUCAGGAGUGUGCUUUGUUGCACCUGUGACCACACCUAAACUGGGAUGUCACAGUAUCCUGCAGUACACCUGCACUGCCGUAAGGUUACAAGUUCAUUGACUGGGAGUCAGGUGUUAAGUUACUAUUUGAAGCAUUUGAGCCAUUGAACCUCAUACUUGAACAAUCUCAUCAGUAGCAUUAAAGGAAUAGAUCAUCAUUUAGACAUGCAUUUCACCACAUCUGUGUCCUAGUUCCAUACGAAACGCUACUCAUGUUAAAUAAUAAAACUAACCACUAAUGUUACUGUGCAAUAUUUUUUAUGGUAGUAUAUAAGACAUUGAUUUUGGUAUUCAGAUGAAAGGGUAGGUGUUAAAUUAUGUGCAGACAGAUGUGAGGCUGCAACUUUGAAAUAAUACUGCCAAUUUCAAAAAAGAAAUAAAUACAGUUAGCAAAAAAUGUA